AUGCCAAGUGCAACGAAGCGGGCGGGCGAGGCCGCAAUGGCGACGGACGCAAAGCGCGUCAAGGUCGACGCGCCGGCCGUCGACGCCAAGCCAGCGGUGGACGGGACGCCGUACGCCGAGUACGCGCUGAGCGAGCACGCGCCGCCGCAGCUCGUGACGCUUGUGCAGCUCUUUGCGUCGCUCGAGUUUAGCAUCACGACGCUUAACUUGUACAAGCGUACGCCGAGCUUCUCGGCGCUGCGCCGCGCGAUCGAGUCGUCGGCCAAAUGCACUUUUUCCGAGCACGAGCUCGCGCAGCUCUUGACGCUGCUUCCGGACGCCUAUGAUCUGACGUUUUCCAAGGCGCCCGACAACCACAAGGUGCCGUUAGAGCUCUGCGUGAGCGUGCCCGAGGCCAUGGCCAGCCUCUCGUUCCGAGAGCGCAUGGAAGCGUUCUGCAGCGCC